AUGCGUUUUGGGAGGAAGUUGCGGAACUCGGUCUACGAGCCAUGGAAGGAUAACUAUAUGAACUAUUCCGAGCUCAAGAAACUUCUGCGCGACGAUGAAGAUGACCCCAGAUGGACCGAGGAUGAUGAGAACAAGUUCUCAGACAGAUUGGUGAACAUCGAGUUGGAGAAAGUCGCUUCCUUCCAAUCGUCCGCCUUCAAGAGCUUGGAAGAUCGAGCAAACAGGGCCGGUGAGAAGCUGCGAGAGCUGGCUCCAGAAGAUGGAACACCUAAAGGAACCAUCACAGUCAGCAGGUUCAAGGAAAUAGAAGACGAGUUGGACGCCAUAAUCAACGAGACCAAGGAAUUGAAGAAGUAUAGCAACAUCAAUUAUACUGGCUUCCUCAAAAUCGUCAAGAAACAUGAUCGCAAGCGGGGAAACAACUACAAGAUUAGGCCUAUGAUGCAGCAGCGCCUAUCAAGCAGGCCCUUUAAUUCCGAGCAGGGCUAUGCCCCAUUGCUCAACAGAUUAUCAACGAUGUACUAUGUGGUCCGCCAGCAGUUGGAUGAGUCUUCCGACCAAGCAAUUCCACCGACCGAUGCUCAAUCACAGACGCAGAAUGGCGAGAAGCACAUGGUUUACAAAUUCUGGGUGCAUAUGGAUAAUCUUCUUGAAGUGAGGACGUUCAUCCUGCGUCGACUUCCUGUGCUCGUCUAUAGCGAACUGGCCUCCCAGGGCCUUGAUGCUCAGGGCGACCCAACACUCAAUACUCUGUACUUUGAUAGCCCUGAAUUUACCCUAUAUAAUCAGAAAGUUGAGCAAAAGGUAAACACGUCAUCGAUUCGAAUCCGGUGGGCUGGCCAAUUGAAGUCGGGCCCAGAACUUGUAAUUGAGCAGAAAAUCACCCAUCAGAAUGGCAGCAGCGAAGAAAAGCGGUUUAACAUUAAGGAGAAGUACAUCCAGGCGUUCAUUAAGGGCGAGUAUAAGAUGGAAAAGAGCGUGCAGAAAAUGGAACGGCAAGGCCAGCCACAAGCCAAAAUCGACGAUUUCAAGAGCGCUGUCAGCAGCAUUCAGAAGUGUAUCCUCGAGAACGAUUUGCAACCAGUUUUACGAGCCAAUUAUACCCGCACGGCUUUUCAGAAGCCCCGGGACGACAAAGUUAGAGUAUCUAUCGACACACAUCUUGCAUUUAUCCGGGAAGACUCGAUAGAUCCAGAUCGGCCCUGUAGAAAUCCCGAGGCAUGGCAUCGACUUGACAUUGAUAAUGGCCCCAUGGAAUACCCGUUUCCUAAUAUUAAUCAAGGGGAAAUCUCCCGGUUUCCAUAUGCCAUUCUAGAGAUCAAAGUCAAGGAAUUUGAGGGGAAGAAACAUCCGCAAUGGGUUGAAGAUCUGAUGGCAUCCCAUCUUGUGCACAAAUCGCCCCGCUUCUCAAAAUUUUCCCAUGGAGUUGCUACGCUAUUUGAAGAUAAUGUGAAUAAUCUUCCUUUCUGGCUCAGUGAGGUUGAGACGGACAUUCGCAAGGACCCGCAAACCGCCUUCGACGAGGAGGAAGAAAGAAAGGCCAGGAAAGCGGAGGACCAGCUCGUUGUUGGAAGCUUCCUCGGGACGUCCAAGGCAAGCCCGAGUUUUCAACCAGCUGUCAGCUCGCCAUUGAGCAAGUCAUACAUGAAUGAUGUCGGUGAGAGAAUAGGCCGACGUUCUAAUCCCAGUGGGAAAGAAAAUUCUCAAGGCACGGAUAACUCGCAAGAUCCUGGUGAAGAAUCCAGUUCUCGCGGUGGCUAUGGUACACUUUCUUCCAUCUUUCCAUCGUUCUCGCUCUCGAGAUAUGCUCAGUCACGCAGGGAGAAGAACACCCCACUACCUCCAGGGGUAACCAAGCCAACACAACUUAUUAAGGAUUCUGGAGAAUUAAAGGUCGAGCCAAAGGUGUGGCUGGCGAACGAGCGUACAUAUCUCAAGUGGCAACAUAUCUGUUUCUUGCUUGGCGGGUUUGCCAUCACCCUUUACAAUUCUGCUGGCGACGACAAUCUUCGAUUGGGCAUGGGGAUUGCGUACCUCGCAGUUGCUUUCUUUGCCGGUGCUUGGGGCUAUUAUAUGCACCGUACGAGACGAGAAAUGAUUGUUGCAAGGAGCGGGAAGGAUUUUGAUAACAUAAUUGGACCUAUGGUUGUAAGCUUUGCGUUGAUGGUCGCUUUAAUAUUGAAUUUCGUCUUCAAGGUAAGAACUCCCUAG